AUGUGUUACACUCAAGCUGAGAAGACAAAAUUUGCAACUAUGACAGCAGAAAUGUUGAAAUUAGAAAAAGAAAAAAUAGUAGAAGAUGAAGGAGAAGAUGAAGAUGUAAUAGAAGAUGAACUAGAAGAAAUGGUAGAAGAUGAAGUGGACGAUGAAGUUGAAGAUGAAGUGGAAGAUGAAGUUGAAGAUGAAGUGGAAGAUGAAGUGGAUGAUGAAGUGGUAGAUGAAGUAAAAGUAGAAGAUGAAGUAGAAAAUGAAGCGAAAGAUGUGGAAGAUGAAGUGGAAGGUGAAGUAGAAGAAGAAGUUGAAAUAAAAGUAGAAGAUGAAGUAGAAUAUGAACUAAAAAUAGAAGAUAAAGUAGAAGAUAAAACAGAAGAUGAAGUAGAAGUACAAGAUAAUGUAGAAUUUGGAGAUGAUGUAGAAGAUGAAGAUGAAGUGGAAAAUGAAUUAGUAAUAAAAAAUGAUGAUGAAGUAGAAGAUGAAGUAGAUGUAGAAGAUGAAGAUGAAAUAGAAGAUGAACUAGAAGAUGAUGAUAAAGUAGAAGUAUAA